ACAACACAACUUACAUCUUAUCCGAAAAAAAAAUAAAAAAAAAUAGAGGACUCAAAUACAUUGGAAGCUUAUGCCUCAGAACAAUAACCAAAACAACUUGUUUAACUAUGGCAGCUGCUUCAUCAUACAUACCUUCAAUUAAACUCCCUACCUUUUCUUCGAACAUCCGAAGCAAACGAGCCCUGCCAAAGAGGCUCAGCUUCCGUAUUUCAGCUCAACAGCAAGCUGAAAUUCAAGAAUCAGAGCAACUGAAGGCAGAAAAUGAAAAUGAAGAGCAAGAAGGAAUGAAGCAACAGCAGAAAAUACCGACUCCAAUUGAACCCCAAGUGAAUGUCAAGAACAGAAACUUGGCAAGAGAAUAUGGAGGGCAGUGGCUCAGCAGUGUGACCAGGCAUGUUAGGAUCUAUGCUGCCUACAUUGACCCUGAAACCUGCGCGAUGGAUCAGACGCAGAUGGAUAAACUCACACUUAUUCUUGAUCCAACUAAUGAAUUCUUGUGGACUGAUGACAACUGCAACCAGGUUUACAACUACUUCCAGGAGCUCGUCGAUCAUUAUGAGGGUGCACCUCUGACAGAAUACACACUUCGCCUCAUUGGAUCGGACAUAGAGCAUUACAUCAGAAAGAUGCUCUAUGACGGUGAGAUAAAAUACAACAUGAAUUCAAGAGUAUUAAACUUCAGCAUGGGAAAACCGCGAAUGAAAUUCAACAGCAAUGAGCUACCAGAUGUACAGUAAUAUCAAGAAUCAGAUAGUGGAAACAGUUUGACUAUUUUGCAGAUAGGAUGUUGAAUGUGCACCAGAAGUCAGAGACUUCAGAAAUUUAGUUGAUUUGAACCCUUAUGCGUAUUGUUAAUAAAGUAGGAAACUUAGAAGCAACAAAAGAAACUGCUUAUGAUUUGUACUCGAUUACUUAUUGAUACAAGCCACAUAUACAUACAUAUAUAUAUAGUCAUGGUCCUCAUAGAUUAAAAGGUUAUUCCACAAAUUA